AUGACGCCUGCGGCACCGUCCCCAGGCGCGGCCUCCGCUAGGAGUCAGCGAAAGGCCGCGAAAAUCUCGUCUCUGCGGGGCAAGCGAAGUAGGGCGGCAUCGGCAUCUGCAAGUUCUGAAACACCAAAUAAGAGUGGCAGAGUGCCUCUUGCAAAGAGGCAGCGUACAGGCAACCAAGGGAAAGCUGAUGAGCCAGAUGCCAGUCAACAACAGAUGGCAGUUGUGGCGAAACGACCGUCAGCUGAUGUGCGAACCAAGAGAAGCUCGGUGGCACGACAGUCUACAGGAGAGCUGGAUACUUCCGACCAUACACGCGAGUCGGAAAAAUCCCGGUCAAGUGCGAGCAAGGGCGUCCGGUCCCAGCAGUCGCGAAGCAAAAAAUCGCCUGUUUUGAACCGGGGCGUCGUGUACUUGGGGCACUUGCCGCAGGGGUUUUUUGAACCUCAACUCAAGAAGUUCUUUUCACAGUUCGGGAAGGUUACGAGGGUGGAAUUACGAAGAAGCAAACGGACUGGCAACAGCAAAGGGCAUGCUUUCGUGGAAUUCGAGUUGCCCGAGGUUGCCGAUAUAGUUGCAGAGGCCAUGGACAACUACAUGAUGUUCGGGCGAACGCUUGUCUGCCAUGUGGUACCCCCUCAUAAUCUGUCUGCGAAGGUGUUUUCAAACGCAAACAAGAAGUUCAAGCGGGUUCCAUCCCGACUCAUCGCUGCUGGCAAGCACAAUAAAGCAGAAGGCGAGAUGGCCUCUGCAAGGCAAGUGAACCGAAAGAUUGUGUCGGGCCUCAAGAAGCAACAGCGAUUAAAAGAUCUCGGAAUCGACUACGCGUUCGAUACUGUUCUCGAUGAGCUGAAGGACAAUGCAGACGCUGAAGAGAGCGGGAAGCACCGCCGCAGAGUUCAAGCAUGGGUCCGAGCGCAGCUCCUUGAAAAGAAACAACGCAAACUGGAUAAAGCGGCGAAACGGCGGGAAGCUGUGCGACUGAAAAGUCGCAAGAGGUCGCCAGCAGCCAGUGCCAAGGAGCUUUCUCCUUCAGAAGACGUUAAAUUGCAGAAGGACAAGUCUACCAGCUCAGGUGACGAGCCGUCACGAAAGAGGGCGAAGAAAUGCUAG